AUGCCAGAACGCGCCGCUGCUCAUGCUGCCGCCAACCGUCGUACUUCCCGUUCCGAUUCUAAUCCAUGUCUCAACAAAAACCAAAUCCUCGAGUUGUUCCACCGUUGCAUUAAGCUUGCUUCAGAAAAUGUAAUGCUCAUCAUUCACCAAUCACCACCACGUUCUAGUUCUACUUUUGAUUUUUUUUCUUACCGUUCAAUGUUUUUGUUUUUUUUCUUCUAUUUUUGUGCGCAUAAAAUUAAUCACAAAAAUACUUGGGAAUUGGAUUUGAUUGAUCAUCUUACUGAUAUUAUUAGGGAUCAAGACGAUAAUCAUAUACAGACUGAUUUUCAAAUGGCAGGUUGCAUUCUUGAAGCUGGAGUCAAAAUUUAUUCAUCAAGAGUGGAUUCUCUAUAUUCUGAGACGUAUAAAGUCCUUGCUAGAAUGAAUAGGGCGGGCCAAGAAUCUGAACAAGAGAGUGUCAAUGCAGAAGGGGGACAAGAAGAUAGCAAGAAGGGAAUCGUUAAAAAGUUGUCACCUUUGUCGACAUUGGAAUCAUCUUUUGAGGCUCUUAAUGUAAAGAAGUUUGAUGGUGAUCUCAAAUCUCAUGCUAUUUGUUACAUGUUGUUAAUUUUGGAAUAA